GCGCUUGCUGGCGGUCAGGCCGCCGUAGUGGCCGAGACGCGGCGGCGCGCCGAGCUCUCGGCCACAGUGCGACAGUGCGCCACGCAGGUGCUCCGUGGUGCUCGCGCCUCUGGGCCCAGCAGCGGGCCGAGCAAGUCGCCCGGCAACCAGUGCCCAGGAUUCAGCCGAGCCUUCACGGUCAGGCGCCCCUGGAUGGGGCUGGUGGACUGGCAUAUAAGAAGCGCCUGGCGAGUAUUGGAUUUGCAGCUUCUAAUGGAGUCCAGUGGUGCGACGUGGGGGUCGGGGGUGCAGCCUUGCGACCGCGAGGUGCUGGGCCCUGAGUGCGGCGGGCGCUUGGUAUAUUCCGGCGUCGACGUGGAGUUACCGCCCCAGAACAUCGAGAACCCAGAGGCCGCAGUCACACUGGGAGCUAUGAACAAGCUGUUCCGCGACUACAUGGCACCCAUGAUCAACAUUACCCAGUCCCGCGUCUUCAUCGACGGCCUGCUCGCCCACGUGGACAGGGUCACGCGGAAGAAGAAGAAGAAGAAGAAGAAGAAGAAGAAGAAGAAGAAGAAGAAGAAGAAGAAGAAGAAGAAAAAGAAGAAGAAGAAGAAGAAGAAGAAGAAGAAGAAGAAGAAGAAGAAGAAGAAGAAGAAGAAGAAGAAAAAGAAGAAGAAGAAGAAGAAGAAGAAGAAGAAGAAGAAGAAGAAGAAGAAGAAUAAGAAGAAGAAGAAGAGAAGCAACGGCAACAAGGAUGAGGACAAGGGCCACCCAUUGGUCGACCGCGUCGAGAUCAAUCUGUUCCACUGGGUGCAGGAGAGCAGGGGCCACGUCUGCGUAUGCCUACUGCUUAGUCAGUGGAUCGCGGACGAGUUGAAGGCCGAGGCCGCGGUGGCCAAAGAGUGCAGGAAGGCCCGCGGGGAGCGGGCGGCGCCGCCCGGCGUCCAUGAUCUCCGCCCUCCGGAGCUGGGGCGCAGCCUUGGCAUGGGCCUCACUGUCUGGGCGGCGCGCGGCGGCCCUGCAGUCUGCCCUGUGUGCACCUGCGAGCCCACCUUGCAGUGCCCCGACCUGCGCUGCGACUGCUCGGGGCUGCGGGGUGACUCCCAGUCGGGCCCCUCCACCGCGGUGCUGGCUGCCUGCGUGGUGGGUGCCGCGCUCGCUGGCGCCUCCGUCGGCGCUGCGGGGGCCUGGGCCGUCCUCCGCCUCCGCGGCCCUCCCGCCGGCCCGUCCGCUGGCCACGCCGAGUCCGACGAGCUGGGCGAGGAGGCCUGGGCGCAGGUGAGAGCGCUCCGUGAGCGCAAGCUCGCCCUGCAGUGGCUUGGCAGCGCCUGCCGGGCCCGUGGUGCCCAACGUUGCGGGGGGGUGUUCGCGGUGGCCGCGCCGGCGGCGCCGGCGGCGGGCGCCCCCGCCGCGCUGCCUGGCGCGGCACCUGGCUCGGAGGCCGGCGGCCCCGGCGCCCUCGUGGGGGCCCUCCUCGCGCCGGCGGGCCCCGCUGCGCUGGCCGCGGCGCCGGCUGUGCCGGCGGCUGCCGCUGUCCCCGCCGCCGGCCCCCUCGCCGAGGGGCUGGCGCCCGCGGGCCAGAGGGUGAUGCCGCCGCCCGCCAGCCCCGGCGGCGACGCCCGCAUCUUCGCCAUCGUGAGGGAUGUGCGAGGCGUGCGGCGCGCGGACUUCCGCAGCAUGGUGGCCUUGAUGGUCGAGCUUUCCUGGCCUGACUGGACAGUGCGCGGGCCGCGCGCGCUGCUGCGGGGGCUGCAGCAUAUGGCACAGCGGUCAGGGACUCCGACGGCUCAUCAUCAGCGGUGGUUGGCUGAGGCGGGGCUUGGUCCAGAGUCCCCAGGCGUGGAGAUCCACCAGAUGGGGCGCGUGGCCUUCGAGUCGGCCGUCACCUAUGACCAGGUGCACGCCGCGAAUUUGGGGCAUCUGGAGCUCAUCGCUCGAUCCGUGCAGGUGCAGGAGGAGCGCUGCCGCGAGCUGGUGGCCCCGGGCGAGCCUGGCGCGGCGGGCCGCGCCGUCAUGAUGGGCUCGCAGGAGCUCGACGGGGCGGUCUGCGCGUGCCCCGCGUUGCGAGACCAUCCCGCGCAGGAGCUGCAGCGGGAGAUGGCGGUGGCGAAGGACCGACAUCGGGAUCUGUUUCCUCUUCCGCUGCUGGCUGCGGCGGAUGUGGCGCCUGGGUCGUCGGGGACUCGGCGGCGAGUUCGAGCCGGCCGCGCGUUUGCGCGCGCGCUCGGCCGUGCCGGCGCCGCCGUGCAUGCCCUGAAUCACUUCUGCGGCGACCGGUCCUCGCCCGCGCUGGCGCUGUCUGCCGGGCAGCGCUGUGCUGCCGCUCGCUUCUGGGACUCGAUCGUCGCCCUCGGCCCUGAGCCGGAUGAGUGUCGUGACGACGUCUCAGAUCCCAACGGGGCCCUGCGGGAGCUCCUUGCUGGGUCCGCGCUGCACCCUGACGGCGGCAAGCCCGCCACCCUCUACGUGCCAGACCUCGUCUCCUGGCCGGACGUUUCGCAGCCCCCCGCGCCGCUCUGUGGGCUGCUGGGCGAGCGAGACUCCGCCGCGCUGCGGGAGUGGAGGUGCCAAAUGCUUCGCGAGCCCGAGGAGGCGCGGCAGUUUCGAGCGGAGGCAUGCCCGCAGGGCCCGUAUACGGAUCCUGCCUUGCUCCGUUCACCGCUGGGCUACGCCUCCUUUCUCAGAGCGAUGGUGGAGCGCAGCAUGCUCACUUUCUCCCCUUCGCGAGGGCGUCGGGGCAACAUGGGAAUCUUUCUUGUGCCAGGGAAGAGUGGUCAGUUCAGGGUCAUCUUCGACGCUCGCCUGGCCAACUGCGCGUUCGCCGACGUGCCCUGCACCCAUGCCUCGGCGGACCUCGACGUGGCCUUUUACCACAUGCGGGUCCCGGACGGCACGGGGGAGUUCUUCACGUUGCCGCCAAUCCCCGCCAAGUAUCUCGCGUCGCACGGGAUCGCAGUGGCGGUGGUGGAGGGCGAGUCGCUCUUGCUGCCUCAGGUUGUCGUGCUGCCGAUGGUUUUUUUUUCUGGGCCCUGCGCCUAUGCCAGGCGGUCCUUCAGACAUCCUUGGGGUCGUGCAGGUUUCUCGCCUAGCGACCUGAUCCUUGACGGCCACUGCGGCUGCCAGCUCGCCGACGACCCUGAUUCUGUCGUGGGUGCCGGCUACGUGGACAACUACUUCGUCCUCGGCGGCUCCCCAAAGACGGUGAGCGUACGGCUGCAGGCCAUCGCAGAUGACUUGACGCGCCACGGGCUCACUGUGCACGAGCUCGAGGCGCCCUCCCAGGACCGCGACUUCUUGGGGCUGUCGCUGCGUGAGGGGCGCUGGCUCAGCCUCAGGGCCCGCGACAUCUGGAGGUUGCGCGCCGCCAUCCGCGCGGCGCUCCGGAGGCAUGUCAUCAGCGGCUUCUUGCUCCGCGUGCUGACGGGUCACAUCGCCUGGGCGCUGCUGUUGCGGAGGGAGCUGCUGUGCAUCCUAGGGGCGACCUACGCCUGCAUCGAGGCCGCUGGGCCAACUGCUGCCCCGCUCUCGCCCACCGUCCGCCGCGAGCUAAUUCACGACCUGCUGCCGCUGUGCACGGCUGCAAGGAGCGGGACGGUCGGGCUCAACUUCGAUGCUUCGGCCGCGCCGCUCGGGGACGUCGUCGCUGAUCUCGGGGAUGACGCUCGUGUAUCUGGUGAUGGGAUCGAUGACUACUCGUCGUUCGUGGACGUCCAGGGCGGGGCCCUCGCGGGCCCGUGGGAGAUGCAGUCGCCAGGGCCCCCCGCGGACGCCGACAAGUCGAUCCUGGACAUGCGGCCUGCCGUGGACUUCGGUGAGGUGGCGGACUGCUGGCACAUGCGGCUGCUCGUGUCGCUGCUGGCGCUGUCCCAGAUGGCGGCGGGGGCUCGGCGGCUCUCCGCGCCGGUGCCGUCUGCUCUCCGCACCGAGCGGGCGCGCCAUGCGCGGGAGCUCGCGGCGGAGACGGCGACGGUCGCGGGCCUAUCAUUGCUGGGGCGUCUGGCGGUGAGGAGCUCGACGACGCGGCUCUACAGGGGAGCGCUUGCCAGCUUCGCCGUGUACUGUGCCGGGCGCCGCCUGGAUUGGACGAGCCAUGCGGGCCUGGACCAGGCGCUGGUGGAGUUCAUGGACAGCGAGUUCCUCCUCGGCGGCGGCGGCAACCAGGGGAAUGUUCUCCUGGCGGCGGUGGCGCACUUCCUCGGCUCCUUCCACAGGCGGACCCCUGUGCUGUUGCCGAGGGCUCACCGAGCGGCAGCGGCCUGGGCACGAAGCGCCCCUGCGCGCACUCGACUGCCGCUGCCGCGCCGCGUGGUGUUCGCCUUGGCCGGCCUCCUGAUUCACGACUGCUUCCCCAGGCUGGCCCUCUGUAUCUUCGUCAUGUUUGCCUCGUACCUCAGGCCAGGGGAGGCGGCGAAGCUGUGCGGUCGCCACCUCAUUGCGCCGUCCGAGGCGGCGGGCCCAGGCUACCAGUUCUUCGGGCUGCUCCUGCGCGAGAGCGGGCAGGGGCCAGGCAAGACGGGGGUGAACGACGAGAGCGUCUUGUUCGACCGCGAGGCCUGGCUCGCCCCGCUGCUGCAGGCUCUGGAGCUGUCCACGGCGCCCUCGGAGCCGCCGUGGGGGGAGGAGGUGUGUCGCCUGGGCACGCUGUUCAGCCAGGCGUGUCGGCGACUGUCGCUGGGCCGCCUUCCCCACCUGUGCAGCUUGCGCCAUGGGGGGGCCUCGGGCGACAUGCUCUCCCAGAUGCGCCUGCUUGCCGAGAUCCAGCGGCGCGGGCGCUGGCGGACAUCCAAGAGCCUGACCCGCUACACCAAGGAGACCAAGCUCCUGGACGAGCUCUCCUGGAUCCCGCCCGAGGAGGCGGGCGGCUCGCAAGUGGCCAGCGGCAACACUGCUGGCGCCGACGAGGGCGGCCCGCCUGCGGACGCUGUGAGGCGGCACUUGCAGCGGCAGCGCCAGCGCGCGGCUGCGCCGGGCCGAGCCCUGCGGCGCCGUCCUGUCCUGGAGCUCUUCUGCGGGGCCGGCACGAUUGCCAAGGCGGUGCUCGCCUGUGGCCUCGCCGCCUUCGGGCUGGGCUGGCAUCGCAGCCCGCUAGAGGACCGCGUGCGGCCAGCAUUCAUUGCCACCGUCGUUGGAUGGCUAGCGCUGGAGCUAGUGGCCGACUCCGUUCAGUGUUUUUCGUGGUCCUCCGAGCUGCCUAUCAACGGCGCCCUCGCGGAUGCUGCGCUUGAAGAGUUGCUCGCUCAGGUGAGGUGCCGGUUCGGCGACGUCGCCGCCGCCAGAAUUCAUGCUUUUUUUCUGAGGCCCUCGGGGGUCCUGGAUGCGUUGCUCCUGUCCCUGGUGGUCGUGCUCUUGGAGGGCCUCUUCUGCCCGCUGCGGGCCGCGAGGGGCGCAGAGGUCGCCCGGUGCCUGUGGAGGGGGUUGACGUGGUCGUCGGCUCAGGGGCUCGUCGCGAUCACGGUGGGCUUCCUGGCGCGCCUGGACUUGGAUGGCUCCGCGGCGACGGGGGAGGCCGUCGAGGGCUGGCAGAAGCUGAAGCCUCCGUGCAUGUGCUUCCCGAUGCCUCGCCCCGCUGUCGUGGCGGUCGUGCUGUCUAUCGGCCAGCUGUCCUCUGCGGUGUUCGUGGUCCUCGCCUUCGCGGGCGACUUCCGACCCUCGGGGGCGCGCUGGCUCCGCGGCGACUCGCUCGCGCCGCCCAACCCGCUGGCGGGGCGUGGUGGCGGGGGGCGGGGCGUCAUCCUGAAAGCGAGCGAGGGCGGGCGACCUGGCGCGACGGGCUCUGCCGACGACAGCGUCGCGCUGGAUCGGGUUGGGUGGCGGCCGCUGUGGGCGGCGUUGAAGUGCGCCAGGCCUGGCGGCGCGGCCCUGUGGGCCUUCGCGGCGGCUGGCGCGCGCGACGCCUGCGGCCGGGCGGCGGGGCGCCUCGGCCUGGAGGCGCGGCCCUCUCUGUGCGUGCUGCGUCGGAGCGCGGCCAGCGGCGACCUCCUGUCUGCGCGGCGGUCUCUUCGCGACGUGAGGAAUUGCCCCGGGUGGGUCGCGGGCCGCCCCCUUCGGCGGGAUACAAGGCGGGCCAAGUCGCAGCGGCAGCUGAACGACCUGCCCGACGAUGCGCCGACGUUCAGCCAGCUGGUGGACGCGAGCCUCGUGAAGAGGAUGGGGUCGGCUGCCCCUGGCCCCUCAGGCGACAUAACCGCCCUCGCCACCAGGCAGCGGAUAUUGCCCCUGGUACCUGGAGUGGAGUUCUGGAAGCUCUGGAAUCACAUGCCCCAGCCGAGCGAGCUGCUGGAGCCGAAGCGCAUGGAGCUUGCCUGGCUCGGGCAGGCUUACAACUUGGUGCGGCGUGUCGCCGAGGUUUCGGCGGACAACUUCUUUGGCAAGAUUUUGCAGGCACUCCAGAACUCCUUGGACGUCUCCUACUUUGUCGCUGCAGGCGACCGUCUCCUCUGCGUGGUCGCCGUCGCCGG